UCAAACUUGACUCUAGCUAUAUCUAUACAUCUAUAAAUAAUAUAUUAAUUAAUAAUGUCUUUUAAAUUUAAUAACUUAAUUAAUUAUCGUACUAAUUAAAGGUCAUGAUGUGUAGCUAUAUAUAAAGACACACUGAGUUUCCCAAAUACAAGUUCAAAAAUAUAUCAAACAAUGGCAUAUUUUAAUCACUACAAAAACUCUCUUCAACUCAGUUUAGGGUUUCUUCUUCUUCUUGCUCUUUUAAUUCGUUUAUCGGUUUCUGAAAAUAUCGGUAAAAUAGUAAUACCAACUCAAUAUGCUUCUAUGCAUCUCAAUAGAACAAGUUUUCCACCUGGUUUCAUCUUUGGAACAGCUUCAUCUUCUUAUCAGUAUGAAGGGGCUGCCAAAGAAGAUGGUAGAGGACCAAGUAUUUGGGAUACUUUCACUUACAAAUAUCCAGAAAAAAUAGCGGACCGUAGUAAUGGAGAUGUAGCAAAUGAUGCAUAUCAUCGAUACAAGGAGGAUGUGGGGAUUAUGAAGGAAAUGAAUUUGGAUGCCUAUAGAUUUUCUAUCUCAUGGUCAAGAUUGUUACCAAAUGGAAAAGUGAGUGGUGGUGUGAACAAGAAAGGAGUAAAGUAUUACAAUGAUCUCAUAGAUGAACUCAUAGCCAAAGGUUUAAAGCCCUAUGUUACUCUCUUUCAUUGGGAUCUUCCUCAACCUCUAGAAGAUGAGUAUGGUGGCUUUUUAAGUCCUCACAUUGUGGAACAUUUUAAAGAGUAUGCCGAGGUUUGCUUUAAAGAAUUUGGAGACAGAGUGAAGCACUGGAUAACACUGAAUGAGCCAUGGACUUACAGUAUGGGCGGAUAUUCGAGUGGAACGUUUGCCCCUGGUCGAUGCUCUUCUUGGCAAAAACUCAACUGCACUGGUGGAGACUCUGGAACUGAGCCCUAUUUGGUUUCCCACUAUCAAAUUCUUUCUCAUGCUGCUGCCGUCAAACUCUACAAAGACAAAUAUCAAGAAUCUCAAAAGGGCACGAUUGGAAUAACAUUGGUAUCCCAUUGGUUUGUGCCAUAUUCAAACUCAAAACACAACCUAAAUGCUGCACAAAGAGGCCUUGAUUUCAUGUUUGGAUGGUUUAUGGAUCCUUUGACAAAGGGUGAGUAUCCACAUAGUAUGAGAAAACUAGUGGGAAAAAGACUACCAAAGUUCACAAAAGAAGAAGCCAAAGUUGUGAAAGGAUCAUUUGACUUUGUUGGCUUAAAUUACUAUACAGCUAACUAUGCAGCCUCUACACAUUUGCCCAAAAAUUCCCUACCUAGCUAUACCACCGACUCAAGAGCUAACCUUACAACCGAACGAAAUGGUGUUCCCAUUGGUCCAAAGGCUGCUUCACCUUGGCUAAGUGUUUACCCAGUUGGAAUUUAUAACAUUUUACAAUACACCAAGAAAAACUACAACAAUCCAUUGAUUUACAUCACUGAGAAUGGCAUUGAUGAGUUCAAUAAUCCCAAGUUAUCUCUAGAAGAAGCACUCAACGACAAGCAAAGAGUUGAUUAUUACUUCAAACAUCUUAGUUACCUCAAAAAGGCCAUCAAGGAUGGGGUGAAAGUGAAGGGAUAUUUUGCAUGGUCAUUACUUGACAACUUUGAAUGGAGUUCAGGUUACACAGUUCGGUUUGGGAUUAACUUUGUUGAUUACAAAGAUCAUCAGAAAAGAUACCCCAAACUCUCAGCACAUUGGUUUAAGAAUUUUCUUGUGAAGAAGAAGAAAUACUAAUUAAUCACACAAUAUAUAUAUAUACAAUAAUUUAUAUAUGCUAGCUCUCUCUUCUAUGUAUGUGUGAAGAUGAUCAAUUUAUGGCAUUAUAUGGAAACUCUCUCUUCUAUUAUUUUGUAA